AUGGAAUCUAGAUUGGGAUGGCUAACUCGUUUGAACUACGACACUGGUUCUGCAUUGAGAAGAACGUCGAUCAUCGGGACGAUUGGUCCUAAGACCAACAACCCAGAGACGUUGGUGGAGCUUAGAAAGGCGGGCUUGAACAUCGUGAGAAUGAACUUCUCGCACGGCUCGUACGAGUACCACCAGUCGGUGAUCGACAACGCCAGAAAGUCGGAGGAGUUGUACCCUGGUAGACCAUUGGCCAUUGCGUUGGACACCAAGGGUCCUGAGAUCAGAACUGGUACCACUGUCGACAACGUCGACUACCCAAUCCCACCUAACCACGAGAUGAUCUUCACCACCGACGACCAGUACGCCAAGUCCUGCGACGACAAAGUCAUGUUUGUCGACUACAAGAACAUCACGAAGGUGAUUGAGAAGGGCAGAGUGAUUUACGUUGACGACGGUGUUCUAUCGUUCGAGGUGUUGGAGGUCGUGGACGACAAGACCUUGAAGGUCAAGUCUUUGAACGCAGGGAAGAUCUGCUCCCACAAGGGUGUGAACUUGCCGGGUACCGAUGUCGACUUGCCAGCUCUGUCUGAGAAGGACAAGUCUGACUUGCGCUUCGGUGUCAAGAACGGUGUGCACAUGGUCUUCGCUUCCUUCAUCAGAACUGCUGGAGACAUCCUAACUAUCAGAGAGAUCUUGGGCGAGGAUGGCAAGGACAUCAAGAUCAUCGCCAAGAUUGAGAACCAGCAGGGUGUGAACAACUUCGACGAGAUUUUGAAGGUCACCGACGGUGUUAUGGUCGCCAGAGGUGACUUGGGUAUCGAGAUCCCAGCGCCUCAGGUAUUUGCUGUGCAAAAGAUGUUGAUCGCCAAGUGUAACUUGGCUGGUAAGCCAGUUAUCUGUGCCACCCAGAUGUUGGAGUCUAUGACCUAUAACCCAAGACCAACCAGAGCUGAGGUUUCUGACGUUGGUAACGCUGUCCUGGACGGUGCUGACUGUGUUAUGUUGUCUGGUGAGACCGCCAAGGGUAUCUACCCAAUCAACGCUGUUAAGACCAUGGCUGAGACUGCUUUGAUUGCUGAGCAGGCCAUUCCAUACGUUCCAACUUACGAUGACCUCAGAAACUUGACUCCAAAGCCAACUCCAACCUCCGAGACCAUCGCUGCUGCUGCUGUCGCGGCUACUUUCGAGCAGAAGGCCAAGGCCAUUGUCGUGCUAUCCACCUCCGGUGACACCACCAGAUUGGUCUCCAAGUACAAGCCAAACGUUCCAAUCGUUAUGGUGACCAGAAACCCAAGAGCGGCCAGAUACUGCCACUUGCACAGAGGUGUCUUCCCAUUCGUCUACGAACAGGAGGCAGCUGAUGAGUGGACCGAUGACGUCGAGGCCAGAUUGAACUUCGGUGUGGAGAAGUCCAAGGAGCUUGGUAUCCUGAGCGAGGGUGACACUAUUGUCACUAUUCAGGGUUUCGCGUCUGGUGUUGGCCACUCUAACACCUUGAGGGUGUUGACCGUCUAA